CUUCUCUCCAACUUGUCUGAUGUUCCAGCGAAUUUGUCCAACAAAGGUGUCAAUACUGUAACACAAUUAAUAGCAUCUUGUCGCGCUUCUUGUAGAUACAACGGCCUUUGACAGGUGGGCUUUGACCCUUUCCUCCAGAUUUCCCAAAGGAAAACGAGGCGACGCAACGCGACGGGACUUAACUGCUCACCAUAAUCGGCAUGGAGCGCAGACUGACUGUCCGCUGAUCUGAACGGUUCUUGCAACAACAAACAAUGGCGCAGUACGGUGCGCCCUAUGGGGGAAGCGGGCAGCCAUAUCAGACUCAGCAGGACCCACGCUCGAAUAGCCCUUGGGCUCAGACAAACCAGCCUCACUUUCCUCCCUCUGUCAGCCCGCAGCCGGGAUAUCAAUACCAAGGGCCAAAUGCGAACAAUCCACAGGUGUACGGCAAUGUGCAACACCUGCCUUACUCCGGGCAAGUGCCUGUCCCAGGACCUUCACCCUUACCGCAAGAUGCUGUGAACGGGCUUGCUGCACAAAUGGGAGGGCUAGACAUGGGGGCGGCACCACCGGUCAGAUCUCACAGGAAAAAAGAGAGGCAUGCAUACCAUGAUAUAGGGGCAGCGCCAGCUUCCUCUUUGGUCACAGAUGGCGGGAUAUCAGGCACUGUUGGAGGGCCACAGUCGCUGAAUGCUGGACCGCAAGCCGGACCAGGUGUUCCAGGUCUUCCGCCGCAAGCACCUCUGAUGAAUGCGACAGAUAGGUUACGAAUGGGCGAGGAGGCUGUGACGACACAAGGCCGGGUCGAUCCAGAGCAGAUACCCAGUGUGGCCCGGUCAAGAGACGUUGCGACGCAGUACUACCAGCUAAACGUCUAUCCAACCAUGGAGAAGCAUCUGCCACCUCCAGCGGCUGUACCAUUUACAGCCAUCGACCAGGGAAAUUCGUCUCCCAAGUUCGCACGACUCACACUCAACAAUAUUCCUUCUACGGCCGAAUCACUGGCGUCGACUGGUCUACCGCUUGGAUUGGUCCUGCAGCCAUUUGCCCCUUUGCAGGAGGGGGAGCAAGCAAUCCCUGUUCUCGAUUUUGGCGAGGCCGGGCCACCUCGAUGCAGGCGGUGUAGGACGUACGUCAACCCAUUCAUGAUAUUUAGGGCCGGUGGGAGCAAACUUGUAUGCAACAUGUGCAAUUUCCCCAACGAUGUGCCGCCAGAAUACUUCGCACCCACAGACGUAUCUGGUGUACGCGUGGAUCGUUUACAACGCCCUGAACUUAUGAUGGGGACGGUGGAAUUCCUGGUACCCAAAGAGUACUACACGCGGGAGCCCAUGCCUAUGCGGUGGCUAUUCCUCAUCGAUGUCACGCAGGAGGCGAUUAACCGUGGGUUUCUUGAGUCGGUAUGCGAGGGUAUCUUGCACGCGCUAUACGGUCGCAACGGGGAAGAUGGUACCGAAGAGGAGACAGACACUCCUCCGACACUCCCAGCCGGGGCAAAAGUUGGCAUCGUAACAUAUGACAAGGAGAUCCAGUUCUACAACCUCACUCCUGGACUAGCAACUGCGCAAAUGAUGGUGAUGACAGAUCUGGAAGAUCCUUUUGUUCCACUGGCGGAGGGACUGUUUGUCGAUCCACUAGAGUCAAAAGCCGUCAUUACCUCGCUUCUCAAGUCGAUACCAACCAUGUUCUCCACCGUCAAGAACCCUGAACCAGCUCUGCUACCAACACUGAACGCCGCAUUGGCCGCGCUGACCUCCACGGGCGGCAAGAUCAUCUGUUCGCUGUCGACAUUGCCAACCUGGGGUCCAGGGAGACUCCACCUUCGAGAUGACGGCAAAGGCCGUGAUACAGAUGCCGAAAGAAGAUUGUUCACAACCGAACAUCCAGGCUGGAAGAAAACAGCUGGUGCAAUGGUUACUGCAGGCAUCGGCGUCGACUUUUUCCUUGCAGCGCCCGGUGGUGGUUACAUGGAUGUUGCAACGAUUGGCCAUAUGUCUCGGUUGACCGGUGGAGAAAUGUUUUAUUAUCCUAAUUUUGUGUCGCCACGAGACUCAUUGAAAGUCCAAACCGAGAUUGCGCACUCCCUACACCGAGAAACAGGUUAUCAGGCCCUGAUGAAGGUGAGAUGCUCUAAUGGUUUGCAAGUAUCGUCGUACUAUGGCUCUUUCCUCCAGCACACGUUCGGCGCAGAUCUGGAGAUUGGUACUAUUGACGCCGAUAAAGCGAUUGGUGUUACCUUCUCUUACGACGGCAAAUUGGAUGCCAAAUUGGACGCUCAUUUCCAAGCUGCUCUGCUUUAUACAUCUGCCACGGGGCAAAGAAAAGUGAGAUGUAUCAAUGUGGUUGCAGGAGUCAACGAGGCCGCAGCCGAGACCAUGCGCACAGUUGAUCAAGACGCCGUUGUCAACAUUAUCGCCAAGGAGGCAUCGCAAAAGCUCCCGGAGAGGUCACUCAAAGAUAUUCGGGCCAAUAUCACGGAGAAGACGAUCGACAUACUCGCUGGGUAUCGGAAGAAUUUCUCGGGAUCGCACCCGCCUGGACAGCUGGUCUUGCCAGAGCACCUCAAAGAGUUCGCCAUGUAUACACUGGCGUUGAUAAAGAGCCGAGCAUUCAAGGGUGGUGUCGAACCCACGGAUCGUCGCGUUCACUCAGCUCGCAUGAUGAGGUCUUCUGGGGUAACUGAAACCGCACUGUAUCUGUACCCUCGAAUCUACGCUCUCCACAAUUUGAAUCCCGAAGAUUGUUUCGCCAACCCGGAGACGAUGCAACUGGUGGUUCCUCCCACUGUUCGAGCGUCAUUUGCCCGAGUCGAGGAAGGCGGGGUAUAUCUGGUGGAUAAUGGCCAGAUUGUGCUGAUUUGGUUUCAUGCCCAAGUUUCGCCGAAUCUGUUGGAAGACUUGUUUGGACCCGGGGUGACCAGCUUGCAGCACCUGGAUCCAAUGAUGAAUGAGCUUCCUGCUCUGGAGACUCACCUCAACGCGCAGGUCCGCAACUUGCUGCAAUACGUCUCGACGGUGCGCGGCAGCAAAGCGGCCACUUUUACUCUGGCAAGACAAGGACUCGACGGUUCUGAGUUCGAGUACGCCCGUAUGCUGGUGGAAGACCGCAACAAUGAGGCUCAGAGCUAUGUCGAUUGGCUGGUGCACAUUCAUCGAGCCAUUCAAAUGGAGCUGAGUGGACAGCGGAAAAAGGAAGACACGGGCGACCACGAGGGCAUCCUGAAUAGCUUGACGGGGCUCAAGGCGCCGUAUUGGACAUGAGGUGUGAAAAUAGUUGUAGGCACGAACACAACAUAUUGCAUUGCCAUUGGCGUGGUGCGGCAUGGACAUGUAUUGUACCUACUACAUAGGUACGUACGACAUGCCCAUCAUGAUGUCCAAAAAAUACCUUUGGACCACAAGAGUGAAAAUGAAUAGGCUCGAGUCGCCUCGUCCUGUUCAUAUAUAUCGACGAGCAACGGCUUGAUUUUAUUCAGUCAGCAGGACGUACCGUAAUACUGUAGUAGAUGCACGACGAAACUGGUCAAGUAUCAUCGUCGUGUACAACAAUGUUGUAAUGAUCCGUACAAGAAUCCAAUAUCUGUCUGUCCCCAAG